AUGUAUGUGUGUCUUCUCUUUAAUACUAGUCACAAAGAGAGAGUGGUAAUAAGGGAGAAGAAAUACAGACAAAGUUUAAUGCAGUACUGUGUGGGAGUACCACCCCUGUGUGAAGCUGAUUUUACCUCUAUGAAGAAAAGCAUCAGCAGCAGUUUUCCUCCAUUAGGUCCUCUUCUCAACACCUUUGAAAACAUUGGAUGUGUUGAAAGCUGCCCCCCAGAGCAUCGUCCUCUGUUGGAGCUUCUGGCCAGUCCAUCACCUGCAUGUGCUCUUAUUCCGUACAAUGCAGUUAAUGAACAGAUCCUUUCUAAGAUUUUUGGGUCUCCAAAAGACAUAUCAAGGGAUGCAGAACUUCUGAACAGUAUUCAAAUUAACAUUCCUUUACUUUUUGAAAUACUUAGAUCUGUGUCAUUUGAAAUUUCUCCCGAGUAUAAAGAGAUAAUUUCCACAGUAUUUACCAAAUCCAAAGCUACAUUUCCUAAUCCAAGUACAUCAGACCAGUUUCAUAAUCCAAAGACCGAAGAUUCUGUGACAGAGGAAGAGUUAGACAAUGCCGCUCAGACUGCCUUUUUCCCAACGCUUGAACCGAUCCGUCAGAGGGGAAGGUAUACAGCAGACAAAGGAAAGUUUAAUGCUGAAAGCUGUAGGAAAGAUUCCACUAGACACCCAACACUACUGCCAGGGAUUUUCACUGUCUUUUGUCAACAUGGAAUUUGCUAUGGAUUCCAGAUAAUGGAGAACAACGAAUCACCCAAUGUUCCAUUUACCUUCAUAAGAACGAGGUUUUUAACAGGUGUGUAA